UGUAAUGUUAAAGUUAUUAUAAAAAGUGUUUGAUAUGAGACAUUAAUGAGUGUAAACUGUUAGAGAAAACUGCAAUAUAUAUACCUCUUAACUGUGGAAAACUGUGUGGUGAUUUCACCAAGUAUGAUGUCCAACUCCCGAAUCCCAUCCCCGGCCCGGUCUUUAGCCGUUUCUACGCCAAGACGGUACAAACAGAGAAGAUCUCGUAGUGUCUGCUCACCUGGACGUUUGGAGACCUCACUCAAACUCACUGCAAUGAUAACUGAUUUCGUGCCGUCACCUUUACCUAAUAGAAGAUCUGUUCUGAAUGAUGAUACAGAGAUUAUAGAUAUGCCCAAACGAAAGAGCUGGUGGAGGAAAUUGGAUGAGAAUUCUCGGGACGUAAUGGAGCUGUUUGAACAUAAUGACAUUCCGGAAACAAAUAAUAUUGAAGAGAACUUUGAUGUGGAGAUUCUAAGCCAGGAGAAGAAAAACUAUACCCUUGAUUUACCGGAGAGCAGCGAUGGUGAAUCAAUAAACAGCAUAGUGAUACCUCAACGCAAACUGUUCACUCAGAAAGAAAAUCAUCCACCAAAAAAGUUCCCUCGCGUCUUUAACAACAGAGAAGAAUUAGUAAAAUUACAGAAAAGCAAUGUUGAUCAUGACAAUGAAAUAGAUGUUCGCCCAAAGAGCCUGUUCAAUCAGGCAAAGAAGCCAAAAACCAAACCAAUUUUUCCCUCCGCAUUACUCAGUAUGUCUGUCAAUAAAUCCAUAGCUAAUAAAACAAGGGAAAUACCAACUGUGGAACCGAAAGGCCAAGUUCGUAGUCUCUUCGGGAACAGACCGGGCACCAAAAGAAAAAAUAUGUUCGCCGAUUUCGUUGUGUCAGAAAGUGAGGACGAAGUUCCAGACAUACAGGCGAAAGUUUUCGGUUUCCAAAAGAAAUCUGAGCAAAAACGUAGAGUUAGUGCAAGGGGAGUAGAAAAUUCUCCCACUACGAGUAUUCUUGAUGUUGAUAUUGAUGAUUGGAAGCAACUUCCCUCAUCAACCAUGAUGGAGAAUCAAAUUGAAGAUUUAGCUGCUACUCCCUCUAAACGUACAAGACUAACUGGAUUCAUAGAGCCUCAAGAAACUGUGAGGACCAAUAAGGAGUUGAAUAAAACGAAACGCAAUGAAUCAUUAAGAUCACAUAAAUCCAAACUUUCAUCAAGCCCUCCAAAUGUCAAACAAACGGAAGUUAAUACGUCCAAGACCCAAAAACCUAAAUCAUUAAACAAAACUCUAAGUGAUGCUCAAUCUACUAAACUAAUUAAAACUUAUGAUGCAGAUAAUGGGACUGAAGAUAUCCAAAAUAUAACUUCGAAAGGAAAACACCUUGAUGAUGGAAAAGUUAGAGAACAUACAAAAACAAAUGCAAGUAAAAACACCGAUAAUUACAAAGACAGUCAAGAGCCAAUUCAAGGAGAGAGUGAUGGCGAAAAUGAUUUUACAUUGAAAUACGAGAACGAUGAAGAUAAUCUCGAACAGGUUGAGAAUAGUAUGAAUAAAAUAGAGGAAAACAUCAAUAAAAAUCCUCCGGAAGAAAUCCAGCCAAAUGAAGAAGACAAAUCUGUUGCUCAUAAUCUAUCUGUACAAGCAAAGAUGCCAAAAGACAUUAAUAAGUCUAAAAAUAAAUCAAACGCAUCCUUAGUCAAGGCUACGGAUAUUAAUGUAUCCCAAAAUUCUAAAGCCAGAAGUAAUCAUGAUAUCUCCCACGCUGGUUCUGUUACCAAGGAAAUAAACAAGACAAGGGAAUCUGGAGUAAAAAAUAAAACGAUUGAGACAAUUGCGAGAAACGAAAGUGUGAAAGAAAAAUAUGUAGUUACUGUUAAAAACAAUACUAUUAAUAGCGAAGGCCAGGUAAAUAACAUUAUGGUAAACAGCAGUUCUAAUAGUAAAAGUUUAAUUAGUCAGAAUGAUAAUAACGAUGAAAGUAACACAAAUAAAAACAAAAGUAUUAACCAAGGUAGCAAAAGUUCGCUUAGUGUCGAUGGUACGCAUGAUAAUGAAAAAAGUGAAGAAUCCAGUGAAGAUAAUGACGACGCUGAGGAAAUGCAGAAUGAAGAUACUAGCGAAGAAAGUAUACAGCUGGAUGAAAAUGAAACACUUAAUGAUGGCCAAGAGGAAGAGGAUGAAAAAAAUGAAAGUAGCAAUGAAAUAAAUGAAACUGAAAAGGAUACGAGUAAAAAAGCAAUAAGUUUAAAUGCAAAAGAAUUAGAGCAGGUAAUAGAUAAAGUAGAUAACUUACGUGAAAACAAUGAUAAUCUCAACAAAACUGACAAAAACACAGAGAAAAGUAAAAUCAAUGAGACUACAGUUGAUCCUCCUGAAGCUAUUUUGUUUCAGCAAAGCAAAAAUUUCAUUGAAUCAUUCACGAGUAAAGAUGAAGGCAAAAGCUCUCGAAAGACUAAGAGUAUGUUGAAAAAUAAUCUCAAUCCAAGUUUAGCUCCAGUGAGAGAUAGUACCGGGUUUUCGGACAACACUGCAAAUUCAAGUGGCGCAAAUUCGGGCUGGGACUCCCAUAGAACCACUCGAAGAACGCUGAGGAAGACGUUCGGUAAAGAUUUCACUCCAAGAAAAUCUCUGCGGACUUUAGUUAUGGAGAAAUCAGCAAAACAAAGACAAACUUUUAACCCCGACCUUCAAGACAUAAGUAAGCACCCACGGGCUAACUCCACCGAACUACCUGGUCAUGGUAUGAACAGGCCCCAGGAAGAGUUAGAUGAUGAAACAAUUGAAAACAUCCAACAUGCUCUAGAAAACAAGGUCGUCGUUAAAGAGACCCCUGAGGGCACGCAAAAUGACAUUGCUGAUGAUGACCACAUGGAAACUGAAGAAACUGUUAAUAAGACACAAGAGAGAAGCAACACUGCCGAAAGUCACAUGCAAACAGAAGAAAGUGACAAUGAGAAUGCGGAAAAUUCUGAUGCUGAGGCGAGUGAUGACGAAAAUUAUGCAACCGAAAACCAACAAAUCGAAGAAAGUGACCAUGCAAACGACACAAGUAACAAAGAAGUAGAAGAAGAAAGUGAUCAUGCAAAUGACACAAGUAAUAACGAACAAACAGAAGUGGAAAGUGAUCACGAAAAUGAAAACUCAGAUAUUGAGGCAAGUGAUCAUGAAAAUGAUGCAACUGAUAACCCAAAAACCGAAGAAAGUAACCAUGCUAACGAUACGAGUAACAAAGAAAUAGAAGAAGAAAGUGAUCAUGCAAAUGACACAAGUAAUAACGAACAAACAGAAGUUGAAAGUGAUCAUGAAAACGACUCAAGUAGUAACCAAAUAGAAGACGAAAUUGAUCAUGCAAACAACACAAGUAACCAACAUACGGACGAAGAAAGUGGCCAUGCAAACAACACUAGUGACCAACAAACGGAUGCAGAAAGCGAUCAUGAUGUCAGUAUGAAUGAAAAUGCAGAUAAUCAAGAAGUAGAAGAUAGUGAUCAAGAACAAUCGGAUAAUGACACAAGAGAUAAUCGAGUAGAUGAAAGUGAUUAUAAUGAGAUUUCGGAAAAUAAAGAAAAUACAGAAAUGGAACAAACUGCAGAAGAAAGAAACUACUUCUCAAAAAGUAUGAAACAGAGAACUUUGGAAGUGUACUUCGAGAAAAUAAAUAAACAAGACUCAGAAAGAAAUAAGAAACUUCGAGAAAAUCUAAUGAACACCCUCAAAACUAACACACACUACUUCAAAGUGCCCGCAAUACCUUUAAGAAGGAACAUUAAACCAAUACAGAAGAAAGCCAAAGUCGCACGAAAGGCUAUGGAAGUAGACGAUUUGCCGGAUGAAGUAAUACAGGACCUGAAAUACAAACCUCCAAGACGAUACAAGCCCAAGAACGCGUCGUGGGCUACCAUGCGUUUGUAUAAAUAUUUGGAAACCAAAUUGGAGCCUAAGUACGAUUACAUGGCUCGCGUCCGAGCGGAGAAACUGGUUAACACGCUGCACGAGUUCGUCCGCCACAUCAAACGGCACGACGCGGCCCCGGAACACCUCGUGACCGCGCUCAAACACGAGAUGGCGCGACUCAAGAUAGUCGACACACACUACGAGUUCUAUCACUUCUUUCACGAGUUUAUGCCGAGGGAGAUUAGAGUUAAGGUGAAUCCGGAUAUAGUGAACAGAAUACAGCUACCAAAAGAUGUCUUCUCCAAUAUAAUACGAUCAUGAUUCUAUGAUAAUAAUAAUACUUAGUGAAUUUAUUUUU